AUGCCCUCACCCACGACGAAGAAAAGUUUUGCAGAGCGGGAGGAGGCCGCGGAGGCGAAGGCGGAACCCGCACCGACGAUCACCUCCGCGGUGCCCUACACGGCUGAGGAAGAGGCCUGCCUGCGGGAGCACCUGACAGCCUCGCUGCUGGAGCAGCAGGAGCGACAGAGCCGUGACGGGGACGCCGCGUGGACGAAGACGACCCUGCCCCUGCUGGUGUCCAUGGUGGCGAAGGUGCUGCAGCUCGCCGCGGACAACUACAACGAAGAGAGCGGUACCGCUGGUGGUGCCCCCGCCACCCCCGCUACAGAUACUACGACCACCAAGAACCAGUUACCGAGGGGCAGUGGACCCACCUCGCUACCCGCGAAACCCCCAAGCAAAAUGGAGUGCUUCCUUGAGGAAAAUACCUACUUGCUAGAACAGCUGCGGCUCCAGCAGUGGGCCUUCUUCACUUUGCCAAGGCUGUGGGAAAUCCUCGCUGACCCGUUUAUGUACAACAGCGACGCCACAGGAAAGCUGCGCAGCGCGAAGCUGCAGGCAGCUGUGCGACGUUGUGUGCUGUCCUCGGCCCCACUGUUCACGGCGCCGUCAUCACUCAUAUCUAUGAAUGAAGUGAGCACAGGCUAG